AUCAGCUUGAUAUUUGCGAUCGAAUUCAAGAUCGAUUGAUUCCAAAGGUGCCGUUGAAGUGACUUUAGUCAAGGGGCCGUACCGGGCACAUUCAGCCGAUCGUACGAGCAUGGUGGAUGACAGUACGGUUCUGUUCAGGUGAGAAUGGCUCGCUUAAGCCCCCCUGCAUGAUACUACGGUAUAAUAUAUAUUUUCGUGCAGCAAUGUGCCACACCAAACCAAUCAUCCGGGUUACCCUCGGUUUAGUCUAGUGAACCCUCGUCUGAGGCGUCGCGUACUCGGUAAAACGCAUGAUGAAAGCAGACCCUGGUGGACCCUAUUCGCUGUUCAGACUCAUUUCUGAAUCUCUUAUUUGCGAUGUGAUGAUUUGACAGAGGACUGCUUUUUAACAUCUUGCACUGCACCAAUGUUCUAAGUGGUGCAACCAUAAAAUGUCAUCCUUGGAGCUCCGUGACGCCAGAUAUGGCGAAUUACCAGAAAUAGCUCGUGUCAUGAAUCUUGCAUUCUCCAACGACAACUUGUUUGGCGAGCUAAUCCACCCUCAUCGCAAGGAACAUCCGAAUGAUGCAGAUCUUUACUGGCUACGACGAGCGCGCAUCAAUUUUUGGGAUUAUAGAUGGAAAUGGCUUGUUGCUGUUGACAAAAGCCCGGACACCGGCGAAGUCGUAAUCGCCGGCAUCGCCCAAUGGGCCCGUCUAGGAGAUGGUGGCAAGUUGCUAGAAUGUGCCUGGUAUGAUCCGCGAAAUUUAGUCAAGCCUUUGUCUUCCAUUGCCAUGAGAUUACACUCUCUCAUCUGGGUUAAUCAUGCUUGUGAUCCUAAGAAUGAGGAUAUAAUCGAACGCGCUUAUCCCUAUUUUGACGGAGUGUGGACAGGCGAUCGUGCGGAGUCAUGGUAUUUAGAAGCAUUGGCAGUACACCCCGGUUAUCAAGGAAAGGGCGUCGGGCGUGACUUGGUUCUAUGGGGAUUGAAUCAGGCCGAUCUUGAGGGAAUUUGUGCGUCGGUGGUCAGCGCGAAAGACAAAGACGAGUUCUAUCAGAGGUGUGGAUUCGAAGUACAAGAUGGUUCGGCAGGGGGUGGUGAAGGAAACCCUUUGGCGGACGUCGCAGGAGGAAACAUAUGGUGGAAGAUGCCCAAAUCAGAACACUGAUCUCUCCUCACAAUCAUGCCUGCACCUAUAGAUGGUGUGGAUGCAUUUGUAUGAUAGUAACCAUGUUGUGAUCUGACUCAAGCAGUGCUCACGACGAAUCGAGUCAACGAACAUCAUGAUUAACUUCUUUCAAGAAAGAC